AUGACCGCAAGAUGUCCCCUAACAUACCUCGUGAACGAUGUUCCACGCGGCGUAUCCCCGAUGGGUCUCAAUCUCUUUCUCGCCGCUCUCGUAAGCGGCUCAUCAAUGACCGACUUCGAGGCUGGCCACUAUAUUGGGAAGAAACCCGAAGGCUCUCGCUUUGGAGAUCUCGCUAGCUUCCUAGCAUUCGUGGAGAGCACUGCCGUUACAGAAUCCCAACUUGACGACGAGCUCAGUGUCGCAACCAUCACAUUUAAAGAACCCCCGAAAUGGUUCAAGAGCCGCGAUUCCGACCCCUAUGGCUUCCCGAAAAAGACGAAGCUGGGCACUAUCUGGAAGGGGGUUGAUAUGACUGCGAAAGAUGACGAUGGGAGAACUGCGUUCAUCAGAGCGGUGAUAGAUGGCAAUCUCAAGCUCGCUGAGACCCUAGCGGAGUACAGAGAGACCGACAUCAAUGCCAAGGACAAUCAAGGCAUGACUGCUCUGCAUUGGGCUUGCAAGAACGGACUGGCGGACCUUACGGCAUUCUGUCUCUCACUGCCGGGAUUGGAUGUCAGCGUCAAGUCUACCGCUGGUCUGACCGCGUUCGAUGUAGCGUACCGUGAAGCCCUUUGGGAUGACAAUGAUGCCAUCCCGACUCUUUUCUACAAGAACAUGUUCGAGAUGGACGAGUACGACCCCGAUAAUGCACUCUUACGACUUCUCACGCUUACAGCGGACCCCCGAGGGAAAACCACGUUUCCCCAAGAAGCCCUAUUUAGUCCAUCGCGGAAUGGCAAUCUACCUCUUGUGCAGGCUCUACUCCAAAACAUGAGCUUCAACAAGCCAAUCGUGUCCAACAAAUACAAAGAAACGGCGCUGCAUAUGGCAGCUGGAGGUGGUCAUACAGCAAUAGUGGUUCUGCUCCUAGGUCAGGAAGGUUAUGAGAUCAAUGCUGUUACUAAGGAUGGGUGUACGGCAUUGCACUACGCCGCCCGAGAAGGCUACAUCCAGACUGUCAAGGAACUUGUAGACCGCGGAGCAAGCCUGAACAUGGAGGAUAUCGGCGGAAAUACAGCACUAGAUCUUGCGACGAAACAUGAACAUCAGUCAACUGUCCGGUUUUUGAUGGAAAAGGGUGCACCCGUGUCGAAUGCGAGGGACGGGAUCAAGGACCAAGGAAAGGAUAAACCUACACUCAACGGAGCCAAUGGCCAGACAAAUGAUAAGAUUGAUCAAGCUAGCGCUGAAGCGGGCGGUCAAACGAACAGUAAUUCAAAUAUCGUGGCUUCUCUCCAAGCGAAUUUACUGGCACAUCUUGCCCAAGCGGGCGGUCACGAGGAGCCGCACAAGAGCGAGCAGACGUCUCUCCAAUCGUCUACCCCAAUUAACAACCAGAAGCCAUCCCAAUCAAACAAGCAGGUGUCCGCCCAAGUGAACGGCCAGAAUUCCGACCAAAAGAAUGAUCAAAUUGUCCAAAUAGAGGUGGAACUAAGGGUGGAAGAGCUACUGCGCGAUCAUGGAAAUGAUAUCAAUCGCAGAGACGACCAAGGAAUGACGCCGUUACAUGUGGCUAUCUUCAGCCAUGAUACAGAUGCUGUGAGGAUGUUGAUUGACCAAGGUGCCAGCAUCGAAGAGAGGUUCUUCACCUGGAAAACACCACUCGAGAUUGCCGAAGAUAUGAAAGAGAAAGCAAUCAUGGCACUCCUGGAGAAGAGUGGUGCCAAGUCCAGCGAGCAGAACGCGCGGGAGCGAGAGCCAAAGUUGAAAGUACGGCAAAUUACUGUUGAGAGGAAGACUGAACAGCUCGUCUUAAAACCGUUGCUCCAGAUUCAGAGCGUUGCACAUUUAGCGGGGGUUUCCAGGGCAGAUUCUAGGCCGGAUUUCAUCGAUGACGACGUAACGGAUAUGGAGAUACCGUUGGAUCAGGAGCUUGCCUCAUCACCCACCAGUGAAACCUCCAAUGUGACUCCUCCGGGUAAUGAAGGCCGCGAGGAGACUCAAAGCCCGGAGCCACCUCACCAGGAGCUUGCGGUCCACCAGCCAUUGUUCAUAGACAUAUCACGUAGUCAGACGCCGGAAAUUGGGUAUAACGACAACAUCGAGACUUUGCAUGAAGUAGAAUACGAAGGACAUCACGAGGAAGACUAUGGAUGGACAAGCCCAGCACGGAGCAUGUCGCCUGAGCCCGAUUUCUCGGGGGGUUACGAUGAUGAUGAUGGAUAUGGCGGAGGAGGAGGGGAUGACGGCUAUGGGGACUGGUAG